GUUGCGAUACGUCUCGGAUUCUUCUCGGCUAAAUAUUACUAGACUUAUUGGAAGCGUUGAGUGUUUGAAGUUUGGCAAGUUUAAUUGUUUGAGAAGUCCUCCCCUCUCUCGAAUAUAUCGACAGCCCGUGCAACUAGAGAAAAUAAAAGGUGAGUUGGAAUCGAGGUGUCACUCACUCCGAUUUUGCAUAUUCCACAGAUUUCGCGGCGACGGCGCAACGAUAAAUAUAGCGCACAGUUGUGUGUAAGUUUGGCCAAACUUAAAGUACUAGUCAUGGAGAGUGUAAGUCGAAUUGUGUACCUUGCGAGAACGAUACGAUUCCUCAGAGAUUGGUUAACAAUGUUCUAAAAGAGGUAGAUAUAUUAAGUAUUGUUUAUUGAUACACGAGAACGACAACAGUAUCAUAUACACACACACACAACAUAUACAUUCUACGUCAUACAAGUUACUUAAUUUAUCUUAAGCAUUAGUUUUAUCUCCUGUGUACUUUUAUCACGUGAUUCACUGGCUGUGCCAGUGAUCGGUGACGCGAUUGCAAACGUCGCAUCGAACUAUUUGAGAGCUUGUAUUAUUACGGCCUUAGAAAGUAUUUAAAUUAAUACCGAUAUGUAUAGUAAACACUCUAUCACGUCUGUAUGUCAUUUACAUGUACUGCUUACUCUUUAAUAUGUACAUUGUCUAUCUUAUUUUUACACUCUAUGGAUACUGAAUAAAAUUUGCUAUCCAUGCGUGUGUCUUACAUCAAUUUUCUCACACGUCCACUUUGAUUAAACGUGCGAGGUAAUUACCGAUUGAUGUUAAUUGUCUUCGACAAUUCACACGAUUUGCGAAUAAUCCCCGUCUAACGAGUUAUCCUUUCAAGUUUACAGAGAAACUUAUCGUCGAAGGCAAGUUCCGUCUCCGUUCUUUCACCGACCCAUAGACAUCAAAUAUUUCGUUCACCCAAUAUGAUUUGUAGGUUCUCUCAUUUUCUCACAAGGAGUGACAGAGCAAGUCUUUCUACAAACAACCCGUUGGUUGGAAAUGCAGAUAUCAAAGGCGCGAUGAACGUUUCGCGAUUCAAGGCAAGUUCCGCGCGCGUUUUGGCUCGCAGCCUGCGUCUCGAUGUUAUUUUUAACCCGCUACGCUGUGAUGAACGAGUUUCAAGUAGUUGGGGAGCCCUCGAGCGACCCGUUGAUCCCACAUGCGCGUCUCCCAAUAACUAUCACUUCGCAUGCCGCAAUCGAUGGAUCUCGCAAACUGUUCGGCAAAGCGCGCCUCGAAGAGUUGCUGCGGCCGUGAGACUGGAAUAGGCAACGAGUUCGGCAGUUGCGAUCACAUUUACGCGAGUUUGGUCGAGUGCAACAGCAAAGGUAUAAAUAACGAGGAGGUGGCCGCGAAAGUCGAACCAGCAACGAUCGUCGCGAAUAAACGCAAUGAAGAUCCCAGGAGGAAGGCGGCUCUUUCUUGGCCCCCCAAGAUCCCGGCGCGUCAGCCUUCGCCCGUUUUGGAUCACAAAAUGAGCGGUGAGGUCGACGAAGCGUCGGCGGAGGUAACGCGCUCGCCGUGCAGAUUGUCGCACGACGCGGACUUUCAGUGUCCCCGAUGCGGACGGAGGAUGGAGGAGCCUAGGCUUCUUCCUUGCUUACACCCUAUAUGCCUGUCGUGCGUCUACGAAUUGAUGAACAGACCCUCGUACGUUUCCCUGGGCAGCGACACGCGGGACGACUACGGUCGAACGUACGCGACGGCAAUCGGCGUUCGCGAAACGUGUCCGUUGUGCGACUCGUACUUGCCGAACGUGAGCUCCCCCGUACCGCCGCCGCAUUAUCCCUUGCAGCAUCGUUUAGUCAUGGACACCGUGCGGCGCAAACUGGUUAACAGGGUGCUCUGCGACACCUGCGCAGCCGAAGUUCCGGCGCUCAUACAGUGCUCCACGUGUUUGCGUAAUUUCUGCUCGGAAUGCGGUAGGCAACACGAACAACAGAACAUUGCGGAGGCAAGGACGACGAAACAUUUGAUGAGACCACUGUGGGAGGCCACCAAAGUACGACGGACGAUUCUGUGCCAGACGCAUCCGAUACACGCUCUGAGAUUUUACUGCAUCGCGUGUCAGCAGGUAACGUGUAAAGAAUGCAUGUGGAGCAUACAGCAUCGAGGACACGCCAGCGAAGACGCUGUCGGGGUGGGAAAGCGAGCUGGCGUCUAUUUGACAACAAUGUUGCAAAGGGCGAGAAUAGUCUUAAAUAAUCUCUUGACUCAGUACGACUACGAUGUAUUUUCUUAUAACGCCUUCGAGGAACCGCAGAACAUAGCGAAGUCUUACAGGUACGUGUGUCCGAUUUUAAUCUUAUAUCUUAUCGCAAGCUGGAAGCUAUGAAUUGCUCACCCUGGGCGAACGUGCAGCCGUCCUACAAUAUUCCAGAAAUUUGUAAACCUUUGCUUCAGUCGCAAUAACUAAGAUACGACGUUUCGAUACAUGAGGCCGCGUGUCUUAUCUUGUUGUACUAAAGUACGCAAUUGUCAUGUGAUCAAUAUGAAAGCAACGAGCGGGUAAACUUAGAAAAAGGAAUAAAUGUUACGAUGUAACUGUCAUUUGAGGUACAUCAUACAUUCCAUGUAACUUAGGAUGUAUUUUGUAUGCCUAGGCUUAGUUUUAAGUAUUUUUACGUAUUUAUAAUUAGUUCAUAUUGAUGUAUCAUGAAUAUAAACAUGCAAUUUUCA